AUGAGUCUCAAUACCAUCAAUUCGUCCAGCGGUGGCAAUCCAACUGACCAUCAAAACCAAGAAAAUUCGGCAGUACCAAUGUUCACACUGCAGAAUGUGCAAGAAAUGAUUUCAUCCGCACUCUCCCGACAAGCCGAAUCCUUGAAUCCUGCCUUUCAGCUCAUGCAAAAAGAGAUUGAAGCUCGUAAACUGAACAAUGCACCUAAUAGUCCAAAGUCGCAACGUGCUCAAUCAGAACCUCCUUCUACCACUUCAAAGACCCCGGCUAAGAAGAAAGCCGGUCCCCAAGCUUCAACCUCACCUAAGAAGAUACCCAAGAAGAAACCAUCUCAAAUGGUGACCAAAGAUUUUCCCCCAGACUUUCAGGCUACAAAAGAGUGCUUGUAUGUCCAUAUUCGAUUGCUUUGGGGAUUAGUCGAAACAUCAAGCGUUCCCCCUCAAGCAAACGAGGAACAUAUUUGUAGUUUCUGUACCAAGUUCUCAACCCUGGAUCAAGUACAACGCCACUUUGAGGAUUCCCAUGCUGCCCAUCUAAUAGCAAGAUCAGACAUCCUGACGCUAAAAGAUGCCCGCGCUGGAAAAAUCAAAGUUGGUCAAAAUUUAAUCCAUAUCAAUGAUGGGCACAUUGUCUAUAUCCAUGCGAACCUGGCUAAACUUGUGAUUCGCUGCUGGGGGCCAAACCUUGACGAAGGACCUGAAAGUUUAUUUAAUUCAGCAUGUUGGAUUGCGGCUCUCACUGGAUUCCAACAAAUCGCUAUCGCUGGCGCAUACAACUUCCUCAAUUUUGAUCACAAAUAUAAGGAUGACAUGCUCCUCUUCAUCCGCGCGUACAAUCAUUACGUCCACCAUGUACUGGCUCAAAAGUAUCAUGCCGAAUGCAAGAAACCUGGUUCAAACCAAGAAUCAAUUAAGGUCCACAAAGCCUCAACAAACCGUCGUCGUUUACGUGAUGCACGUCUGAAUUUUGCUUUAAUUAAUGAAUAUCCCAAGCGCUACACCAGGAUUAUUGAGGAUGUCACCUCCCAUAGUGAAGAUGAAUGGGAUGGCGAGGGGGAAUGCUUUGCGAUCAAGACUCUUGGUUAUCGAUCAAAUUCAGCAAACAUUUUUUUUCGUCGUUUGGAUCUGGCGAUGAAAGCCAUCAAAAUUGCGACUGGCAAAACUUCACGAAUGAGGUUGAGGAAGCUACCAGCCACCCCCAUCAUAUCUAGUUUUUCUAAAGUACCACAACAAUUACCUCUUGAUUUCUACUCUUGCAAAUGGAUUUUGGACUUACCUACGGGGCAACAGCGGAUAAUUCCUGAUUUCUCCUCGGUGGCUUUCCUACCCGAUCCAAGUAACUCGCUAUUUGCAAGAAAUCAUCCAAAUUACGAUGAAGAUGAGAAAUUAUCUGACCGUGCAUUCAACAAGAAGUAUUUGGAUAAAGCUAUCAAGUAUUAUCGAAUGAAAGAAAUUGUGGAAGAGGAAGAAACGGACAAUGAAGACGAUCCGGUGGAAGAAGACGAUGAGGAUGCAAAUGUCCAGGGUGAAGGGGUUGAUCCUAAAACUCAAAAUGAUGCGAAUUAUUUAGCUGAUGGUGAUUGGGGAAAUCAAUAUGAUGAAGAGGAGGGGGAAACUGAUGAGGAAGGUGAGGAUGAGGAUGAGGAUAUGGAAGAUCAUGAAAAAGAGGGAAUAGAUGAGAAUUAUGAAGAGUUUGAUGAUGUGGAGGUUUGA